AUGGUCCUCUCCCAAGCCCCAGUACCGCUUCCUGUCUCUCUCCCUCGCUCGCCCUCUCUCCCUGUCCCGUUAGGGCCAAGCGAAGCUUUCUCUGACGCGCCUCUGCAGCUGUUACCUCUCGAUUCCCCUAUCACGGCUUUCCCGUCCAACCGACCGGUGUGUAACCACGGGUUGACUAUUUGCUCUCCCAGAGCUCGCCCGAAGUCUCCAGACUUGCUCGUCCGUACUGUGCCAGAACCGGCUGCCCACGCCUCCUUGACGCAGCACUCCGCAGCUCCGCCGAGAAGCACGCAACAAGUACAUCCAUCGUACAUCCAUCCGCCUCGGGGCUACCUGAUUCGACCUGAACUGCCCUCAUCCACCCCCAUCGCGACUCGCAAACUUCCGUCUGCCUUCUAUCCUGAACAGGUCAAACCGCGCCGAGCAUCAAGCACCAACCCGAAGGAGCGCGCAUACCCACAGCUGCAACAGGGCGAUCAAGAAGCACCUUGCGCAGGUCGACGCUACCCUCUCCUUGGACUAGAGGUUGGCCAUUCCUGUGGGACCCGCAAACGCAGCCACCCUCUUCCCGCUUUUUUCCCAGUCUCGGUCCCAACUCUACUCGGGCAAGGGCAUCAUACAGGCCACCCCAGGAAGAUCCGUCAUAGCCUGAAGUCAAGACAGGGCCUACCAGGGGAUCGCGAGUAA